AUGAGCAAUGUACCAGAAUUAUCCGUAGAGGAGUACAAUGACACCGUGAACAAUCUUCGCGAAAUGCGAGUUGCCCAGUUAAAGGAUAUUCUGCGACUGGUUGGACUUUUAGUAGGCGGUACCAAAUCGGUUUUACAGAAACGUCUAGAGGACUUUUUUGAAGGCUCGCAAAUUGAUGGAGAUAGAGUUAAAUCGCAAGCUUUUCGUGCACUAGUCCUACAAAGAAAAGUCGGGCUUGCUCUACUGCUGUUUAAAGAUCUAUAUCGCGUUAUUGAUAAUGGAGAGUAUAGCGGAGUGCGACCUAAUGAUAGAAUGGAUAUGCAUCGGAAUGACUCCAAGAGGUACGAGGGCCAUUCACUCAUAUUUACUGAAAAUCCUUUAUUUGAGUUGAAAAGGUUGAUACAUUCAAUGCCCCAGAUUUGCCGCGAGUCCAAAAAGACUUCGUCUUGUGAAUUUUCAUUUGUCCUCACAAGAGAGGAAUGGGCGCAAUUAAGAUCAUCUGGUCCAAGGACACGGUUGUACUUGAUGUGCGGUAAGCAAGGUAAGGAAAAUGCAAGCUCAACAAACAAUGUCCAGAUCCAGUAUCCGCUGCAAGUAGAGGUUUAUUUAAAUGACGCAAAAAUUACCCAGAGUUUCAGAGGUACAUCGAAAGUGGGUACAGCAUCGCCUAUUGAUCUCACAGAUUCUAUACUUCCCCCACCAAAGUUGAACACUAUUCACUUGGCUUAUGAAGCUAUAGAUGCGAAUUUUUUGGUCUAUUUGUAUAUUGCUGAAACUAUCCCAUUGAAAAAGAUAAAGAACAGAAUCUUGUCCAAACCAAAAAUUAGUAAACGUCACACAAUUGCGGAAUUACAAAAGGUAGAAGAUAGUGACGGAAUUAUCAUGUCUGACUAUCAAGUGUCUCUCAAAGAUCCUUGGGGUUGUAUGAGAAUUCGCUAUGCUACAAAAUCAGUUUACUGUGACCAUUUGCAAUGUUUUGAUGCAACAUUUUUUUUAGCAAAACAACUACAGUCUCCUCUAUGGGAAUGUCCCUAUUGUGUCAAGCCUGUCAAGAUUGAUGAUUUGGCUGGUUGUGAGUUUUUUGAUGAAAUCCUUCAAUCGACAAGUGAGGAUACUGAACAUGUUCUCAUUUCGAAAGAUGCUAAAUGGCAGCCGGUAGUGGAAAGGAGUGAGAUUGCGAUAAAGAGGAAGAAGUUGAGCAAUAAAGACAACAAUAAAGACAACAACAACAACAACAACAACAGUAAUAACAAUAGCAAUAACAAAAUAACAGAAACAAAGUCUCCAAUUGAAAUGGUAAUAUUGUCGAGCGAUUCUGAAGAGGAAAAUGACAAUGAAAGUGCAAAUAAUGCUAUUUCAAGAGCCCAAGUGGAGGAAAAACAAACCACAUUACCAAAAGGGCUGAACAGUACUUUUCAACAACCACCACAGAAUAGAGAAAGCCUCUUCAAUUUUCGGUCUAAUGAAGCGUCAUCUAUUCUGCCUGUUACAACUUUACUUCAGCAGCAUUCGCAAAACCGAACACACAACCAGUUGGAAUCAGAGAGUGUCAGGUUACUGGCAAACGUCCGUAGAAAUGAAAUGGGUAACAGUAACGUUAUGCAGCCGGCACAAUCAAGCCCUCACUCGCGCAUUUCACUUCAACUUCGAAAUCCGCAAUCUACAUUAGUAUUUCUUCAAACACCUGCACAAAGUAUACAGUCAUCAACACUGCUACUGCUGUUUCCUGUGCAAUCUCAACAGCAACAGCAACAGCAACAGCAGUUGCGAACACCAGAACAAAGAUUUCAGGGACUUGCCACUAACGGACGACAAAUCUCUCCAGUCCAAUAUCCGUCUGUGCAUCAUCGGUCUCUGACUACUGGAUCAAUGCUUUACCAACCUCAUCAGCUCAACCAACACUAUCAAUACGUCACAGAACAACCACAGAUUGGCCAUCAAAUACAAAGUAACAAAAUACGACAUUCACAGAUGGACCAGACACAUCAAUCACAUUCGAACAAUGGAUCACAGCAACAAAGCCAGCCACCUUUUACAGAGUCUAUUCUUGGCUCUGGCUGGCCUCACUUGCCUCGUGCUAUUUCAAACGUGGCUCAAGAACUGUCAGAUUUGCCUCCUAUAGUACCAGCUCCUCAAUCACAAGAAAGCGUGCAACGACCCGUGCCCCAAGACAUGGAUAUGGUUUUCUCGGCUCUCACGGAAACCCAUGUUCCUAAAGAAGUAAUAACCACUGCUGUACCCACUAGCUCAGAAAACAGAGCAGUUGAACGACAAUGUGAUUCAGUUUUGCGUCACACUUCUCUCCCUGAUGUAUCACGCUCGCAAGAGCUUCCGUCAAAUUCAAAGGUGACGAACCAAAGAGGUUACCCAUCAUCUUUUGAUCAAACAACACUGAAUAACUUUUCAUCACGGCCAAGCGUGUUAGUGUGCAAUGAUAGAGUGACAACUAGAGGUGAUGCUAAUGUUUGCAGCAGUAUAUCAUCGUUUCCUAUGAGUAACGAUGAUGAACCAAGUGGACCGGACAAACAACAACAAUACAGUGAUGUGACCGAAUCUAACCAAUCAAACACCAGAACUUUAUCACUUGAGAUGCAAAGUGAAUCCAGGGGGAUUGAUGGCUCUGUUAGGGUAGCCAAUGCGGGAGAGUUGAUGCCAAAGCAAAAUAACAAUAUUUCAAACUAUAAUCCCGUGCAAGAACAGGAAUUGCAAGAGUCUUUUUUAAACAAAAAUCGUCGACUUAACGAGCGGUACUCUGGUCUCUUCAUCACAAAUAGAAAGAGUCGCAGACCUGCCGUAAAAGCUAAAAUUAUUGUACUGGAUGUAGCUGCAUUAAUACCAAAAGAGUCUGGCAAUGAAGUGAUAGAAACAAGUCAGGAAAAAGAGCAAACACGAAUAAACCAAACUGCAGGCUACCAAGAUAAUAAUGGUCAACCUAACGCGAAUAGACUUUCUACAUCUACAGCACCAAAUGAUGAUCAAAAUAGAAAUGUUGCAUUAGACUACAGCAAUGACAUUUUGUCUACUAGAUCUAGUGUUACAGACAACAAAUCGAGAGAGCAGACUUUAACCCAAGAAGUUGAUAAGUCUGAUUCGAAAGCACCUCAAUUACCCCAACCAGCCCAACUCACAGACGAACAAUUGUAUAACCUAUUUAAUUCUCCAGAUUCGUUAUUCUACGGCGAUGUACCAUUUUUCAAGAGAAUAAAGAAACCUGCUUCUCGUCGUCAGCGUGAAAGGCCCAAUACAACAACAACAUUUGUAAAUGCCCAUGAGACACCACCCAACAAGAAACCAAAAGUUUAUGGUGGCUCGCAGAAUCUCGGUUCAGAAAAACCAAAACAAGUAGAUGAUUACCCUUUUUCGAAGGACCUUCCACAAGUAAAAGCUCAAGGAUUGAAUUUAGAAGCUGAAUGGAUUAGUGAAAUGGAAGAUGCCGAAAAUGCUCGUAAGCAAUUGCUACGUAGUGCUGAUAGCUUGCUGGGGACACUGAAGGACCCUAUCAUAAUAGAUUAA